AUGGCCUUUUUGUUUUUCCUGGUUCUAUCAGCUCUCUUUAUGGAGUUCAAAUCAGCAAUUAGAAGUAAAAGCCAUAGAGCAAUGGAAAAUGAGGCUCUCAUUGUGUUGUGUCCGAGACGACCAAAAUCACCCGGGUCUCAAGUUUAUUGGACUCACUUUGAAUCUAAUAAAAACAUUACUACUAGUAAAAAAAAUCGGGUAUAUUCCUCAGGGGUCCAACUCAAAUUCCUACCAACUUCAGUGAAUGAUUCUGGAAUAUAUUAUUGCGCUAUAAAAAGCAGCCCUGAUAUUGUUGGAUCUGUGAAUGUUACAAUAUAUCCGAAACAGAAAGAUUGUACUUUCCCCAAAAAUGUGUUAUAUAUGCCAGAAGAAGGAACAAAAAUAGCAUCACAGAUUCAUUGUCCUACAUAUGAAUAUUAUAAUAAAACAUCACAUUUGGAAUGGUUUAAGGAUUGUAAAGCCCUUAAAGGACGAAAGUACUAUGUAAAGAAAGAUUAUCUGAUAAUUCAAAACUCAACUGCUGCUGAUACAGGCAAUUAUACCUGUAAAUUAAUUCACAGUGAAAAUGGAGUUAAUUAUACUGUGACUGCAACUAAGUCAUUGAUAUUUCAAGGUGAAAUUCGUUUCUCUAUGCUUCCAGAAAUCACUUCCCCAGUGAACCAAAGUGUAAUAGGAGUGGAACUUGGAACCAAUGUGAGUAUAGCAUGUAAAGCUUGUUUGGGAAGAGGCUCACAGAAUAUAGAUAUUGUCCAAUGGUGUAUUAAAGAGAAUAAGGGUGAUAUUCAAUGCAUCAAGGAUUCCCGAUUUCAUGAGGAAAAUGAAGCCAAAAAUCCUAGGGAUAUCUUUGAAUGUAAAACUGUCAAUUUAAGAAUAGCCAAUGUGAAGAAAGAAGAUCUCUCAUUGGAAUUUUAUUGUCUGGCCUUAAAUAAGCAUGGAUGGAAAAGUCACAGCAUAAGAAUCGGAAAUAAGAAAACAACUGAUCAACGAAGCACCUACUACUUGCUUGCAGGAUUUAGUACAUUGUUAUUCUUACUUAUUAUAUUAACAGUCCUAUUAAAAGUAUUCUGGAUUGAUUUUAUUCUGCUCUGGAGAGAUGUAGUUAGACCUUAUAAAUCCAGGGAUGAUGGGAAGAUAUAUGAUGCUUAUAUCAUCUAUCCCAGAAACUACAAAAAGAGGACUGAGAGUGUUAAUUCUUUGGAAUAUUUUGUUCACCAUAUUCUGCCUGAAGUUCUUGAAAAGAAAUGUGGAUAUACCUUGUGUAUCUAUGGAAGAGACCUACUUCCUGGAGAAGAUGCAGCCAGUGAAAUGGUAAAAUGCAUACAGAAAAGCAGAAGGCAAAUUAUCAUAUUGAACUCCCAGGUGGAGCAUGGUGAGGAAUUUGCCUAUGAGCAAGAAAUUGCUUUACACUGUGCCUUGAUGCAGAAUGAAUCCAAGGUGAUCCUUGUUGAAAUGGAGACAACAGGUGAAACCAGUGAACUGCAGGAUUCCCUCAAGCACAUUAUUAAACAGAGAGGUACCAUCAAGUGGACAGACAACCACAUCACCAAAAAGCAAUCAUUAAAUUCCUACUUCUGGAAAUGUGUACGGUACCAGAUGCCACUAAGAAGCAAAUCCUUAGAUCCACUUCACAGUGGCUUGUGA